AAUUAAUUAAUAUUUAUUUUAUUUAUAAAGUAAAUACAGUCUAUAUGUGUUGAUACAACCGAAUAUACCUACCAGCAAAUCCACGUUGAUAAAUCCUUCAGUUCCUGAGUACACAAGACCACUAACAACACUGUAACUAUGGAGUCACUGCAACAGGCUAUUGUCGACAUGCAAACUUCAUUUGCAACUCAGAUGGCAGACUUCCAGAAGAGCCUGCAGCAGGCUACUCCAUCAACCACGGUGGCAGCCUUGGCAGCGGAGUUUGCGGCGUUCAAGAAAUUCACUCUGGCUUCGCUAUCCAAUCUGCAGCAACAGACCGACCUCAUCCAGCGGGAGUGUGAUAGAUUGGAGAUGUGUGGUCGGCGCAAGAUUUUGUUGCUGCAUGGGGUUCCUGAGGUGCAGGGUGAGGAGCCUUCAGCAUUGGUGGCAAAACUUGUCGGUGAGCGCUUACAUCUUACGCUACCUAACAACGCCAUGAGUGGCUGUCGUCGCAUGGGCAAGAUGACCAAGAACAAGACCAGGCCCAUGCUGGUCAGAUUUCGGGAUGUGGCCGACAGGGACAGGGUAUGGUUUGCCAAGACAGCUCUGAAGGGCACCGGGAUCACAAUCUCAGAGUUCCUGACCAAGUCGCGACACGAUACAUUCAUGGAGGCCCGGAAGCGUGUCGGUAUCUCAAAGUGCUGGACCCGGAGCGGCACCAUUGUCAUCGUGGCAGCGGAUGGCGCACAGCACCGCAUCACGACGCUGGGGGAGUUGGACAGGGUUAUCCCGGCGUCCGCAUCAACAGCCCCCCAGGCCCCGAACGCAGGGGUGCUCGCCGGCGCGACGCAGGCCCGGGAUGCAGCCAACGCCAGGACCAAACGUAGGAAAUAAUCAUAUCAAUUAUAAUGUCCCUUGCCUAGGUUUGCUUGCAUGUUUGUUUUGAUUCAUCGUCCACAUACUUCGCUGUUGUUUUCUUUUAUGUACGUUUUUUACCCUCAUAUUAAUAUCUCGAGUAAGUAACGAUUUUCACUAAUCUUGUAACGGCUUUCUACUUUACGUUUUACCUCACUUCUUUGCUUUUUAAUAAAUAAAAAUGUCACUUUUCUGGUUGAAAUCUAAACCGGUCUUUUGUACGACGCAUGUAUGACAGCUUGACA